GGAGACGGCGCUGUGGACAGUUUGCCCCCGGGUUUCAGUCGCUCGUUCGCGGAAUGCGCAGUGUGUGAGGUCGCAGCUGUCAUGGCGGCGUGCAGGGCGCUCGUGAGUCGUGCCGUUUUGCCUUUGCAUUAUCAUCAUGUGUGCAGAGGAGUGAUGCUCACCCAAAUCAGAGAGAAGAAGAGAUGGAUGAAGGCCUACAUGUUCGUCAUGCGCAAGAAGUUGAAGCUGGAGGGACCUCCAGCUCCAAAGCCACGCUCUGAACAGCCGAACUUUGAUUACCAUGCUGAGGUGGAAGCUUUCGGAGUCCGUCUGCAGGAGAGUUUCUCUGUGGAUUUGCUGAAGACGGCGUUUGUGAAUUCCUGUUACCUACGCUCUGAGGUGGAGAGGAGGAAAGCGCUGGGUUUGGAUUCAGAGUCCGCCAUCCUUAACCUGAAAGACAACACUGAGCUGCGUGAUCACGGUCAACACUUCACUACGGGUUUCCUGAGUGACUGGUGCAAAAACAGCUUUCCUAAUCUUCCUGAUGAGGGCGUGGCAGCCAUUGCAGGUCACCUGACCGGGUCAGAGGUCAUAUGUCACGUGGCACGAAACCUGGCUGUGGAGGAGCUGACGAUGAGUGCAGAGUUUCCUGUGCCGGACCACAUCCUGCAGGGAACGUUCUUCGCUGUAAUUGGUGCUCUGGAGCAGAGCAGCGGGCCUGUGCGAGCCGGCCUUUUCAUCAGGGAUUUCCUCGUAACUCAGCUGAUAGGCAAAGAUCUGUUUGACAUGUGGAAAGUGGUGGAUCCCAUGGGGCUCCUGGUGGAAGAACUGACCCGUAAAGGUGUAGCUCUACCUGAGCCCCGUCUCAUCCGCUCUGCUGGAGCCAGCACUGUCCUCCCUUUGUAUUUUGUUGGCCUUUACAGUGACCGUAAGCUGUUGGCUCAGGGUCCAGGCGAGACUGUCCUCAUAGCUGAAGAAGAAGCGGCUCGAGUGGCUUUGAGGAAACUCUACGGCUUCACAGAGAACCGCAGGCCAUUUGACUUCACUGCACCCCGAGACCAGCUUCAGAAGCCCAGCACACAGGCUCUCACCAGCGGAUGAAUGACACUGUAUCAUGACUUAAAGAGCAUAUUCCAGUGGGACACGUUUUGGAGAGCUAAAGUACAUGCAUUCAUCUGCUGUAUGUUGGGUGUUGCUGUCAGGUCACUAGAGGCCUGCGUAACAUGCCUGAGAGACUCUUAAUGUACCACUGACUGACAGUAAAAACAUCAUAUACAUCUGCCUUAAGAGCAUUCAUCUAUUAUGCAGAUGCAGAUUCUUUAUAUUUCAUCUGUUGUUGAUUAACAACUGUUGUAUAUAAAUGUUACGCUUUGGCUGAUAAUAAAGGUUCUGAACCGAA